UUCCCCGCACAGUGGGCUCCACAUCCAGCAAAACAAACCUGGGAAACUGUACGGCGGACCAUUUCUUUACGGGGCUCCGAGGAGGAAAAGUGUGGAAAUAAAAACGACGUUUCUUUUUUUGAACUCCUUGCUUAAUCGAGACAAGAAGACUUGGGGGGAAAAGCGGCAACACAACACAGCUGUCAUGGACAUAAUGUUUGCGGUGCAGGAUGCUUGUGUCUCUGGUCAGUGGCUAACUGCGAUUAUACUCAGCUUGUGCUGCUUUCUGCCGUCCUGUUUGCCCGCUGGACAAACUGUGGACUAUCCCUACUCGGUGGAAAGUGUGGUCAGCAGACAAGGCGACACGGCUCUUCUGAGGUGCUACCUAUUGGAUGGGAUCUCUAAAGGAGCCUGGCUGAACCGCUCAAGCAUCAUAUUCGCAGGAAACGACAAGUGGUCUGUGGACCCACGUGUGUCCAUUGUGUCCAGCGUUGGAGACAAACAUGAGUACAGCCUUCAGAUACAGAAAGUGGAUGUUUCUGACGACGGCCAGUACACAUGCUCCAUUCAGAGUGAGCGCAACCCACGGCCAAAGCUCCUCAACCUCAUUGUAAAAGUUCCACCCAAGAUAUACGACAUUUCCUCUGACAUCACGGUAAACGAGGGCAUCAAUGUGUCGCUCAUCUGCACAGCCAGUGGGAAACCUGAGCCAAGCAUUUCCUGGAGACACAUAACCCCAUCAGCCAGGAAGUAUGACAGCGGUGAAUAUCUUAACAUCACCGGCAUCACAAGGGACCAGGCUGGAGACUACGAAUGCAGUGCUUUAAAUGACAUCGCCUCUCCUGACACCAAAACAAUGAAAGUCACAGUCAACUUUGCUCCUACUAUCCAUGAGAUGAAAAGCCAUGGAGUUGGUCUGGGACGCACGGCUCUGCUGAGGUGCGAGGCAGCUGCUAUCCCCCCUCCAACAUUCGAGUGGUACAAGGGUGAAAAAAGGAUUAACAAGGGUCAAGGCAUCGACAUCAAGAAUCUCAGCUCCAGAUCAAUCCUCACAGUGACCAACAUGACAGAGGAUCGUUACGGGAACUACACAUGUGUCGCCACCAACAAGCUAGGGACGGCUAAUGCCAGUGUGCCUCUCAUUCCAAUUAUUGAACCCACGACCACUAGUGCUGUCUCAAGCCCAGCUCCCAACACUGCGCCCUAUGGGAGCACAGGAAGUGCACACGUCCCGCUGGCCUGCUGGUGCCUGGUGCUGGCGCUCGCCUCCUUCAUCAGCGUGUACUAGCAGGCGCCAGUCCGGACACAAUGACUGUCGAGAGCAUUUAUGAGUCCUUUUUGACAUUUCUGAAGGCUGGAAUCCAAUCUGGUACAGUUUGUUGAAAAGCCGUGAUUGGGGGAAAUAAUCAGCGUUAAUUGUGUGGGGAUAUUUACCUUUUUUUUUUCUAUGCUUUUUGGUGAAAUUUCUGUCAUGUAAAUACGAUGAUGUUUUUUUUAUUAUUAUUAUUAUUUCCUCUCUUCUUUCACCUCACCUUGUGAAUCAGUGCUCCCCCCCACCCCCACCCCCCACCUCCAAUCAUCUCAAAAAGGCCCCCAAACUUCCCAAAAUGAGUUACUUUGAUGCUCUGGGAGGCGAUGGCGCAAAAACAUUUUCAUCCGUUUUUGUACAUGGCUAGAAAAGAAGCAAUUGUGCCAAGUCUCUCAGUACACAGAAUUACCAUACCAAUGUUGUAUUGAAUGUAUUAUGGGUUGUUGAACAAAGGAAAGACAUUUAGAUUCCUAACAAUACAAAUUCAGAUUAUGGAGUGUGCUUAAAAAAUACAAAAAAACUGAAAAAAAAGAAAAUUCAAAAGAACAAAAAGACAGGGCUUUUUUAGGACCUGUAUUGUCAUGAUUACUCUCUAGAUGGAUGAACAGUGUUGAAGGUGUGCUUUGUUGUAUUCUGAAAUUGGUCCUUCAGUUAUAUGCCUGCCUCACAGAUUUGAUCAGGCAACCGUCAAAGUAGGAAAGUAUACUGUAUCGUAUCUUUAUAUUUGAAUAUAGUGUAGGCUUUUGUUUUAAAGUGGGACCAGCUUUUCUCAUUUCGACCAAGAACAUUAACACAGUUCAUUAAUUUGUACAGUAAGAAGGGAGGAACAUCGCGGCCCUAUGUUUACAUUUUUCUUGAAAAUAUCAAUACGGCAGUAUGAACUCAACACGUUUUCUUUCAGAGAGUCCGCAAACAUGAAUGUCACAACAAACUGUUGCAGUUGAGAAGAAAAAGCAGAGCCCAAGAUCAACUGUUGAACGCUUCUCUCUUAAAGACUGGGCUCUUUGAAACAGGCCACCUCCAGUGGGCGUCUGAGCACAGCGUUAGGCUAUGAAUUAUUAUUAUAACCUAUUGAUCAUCGUCUGGCUGAAAACCCACAGCUGCACACUGAAAGUCGCUGGAGGAUUUUGCCUUCAACUUUUGGCAAGAUAUCUAAAUAAUGGACUCCGGGAACGCAGCAUUCUGCAUUCCUGUGUUUUAUUCCUCUGUUUUUCUUUACAGAUAAAUCAAUACUUUAAUGUAUUACAGUCUCUUACAGAUAAUAUAUGUAGAGCAUUGCACCAGUUAACAAAUAAAGGACAUUCAGAGAGCCGGAAGUCAUGCUACUUGAGAUUUCUGGUUUAUACACCAAUAUAUGUUAUCUAAAAACGUACAAUAAUAAAACUUGCUUUGCCUCCAGUCCUUUUAAUGCUAACGACGAGCAACAAAACACAAAAUAAAUCUUGCAAACAUGCCCUAAGGUGCAAUGAGCUCCUUUUAGAUGAGAGUCCAUUUUAUUUAAGCAGCCGAUCAGCGCCACAGGGCCGGUGAAUGUCCAGCAUAAAUAUAAAUGAACCAUGAGGUUGUUUAAUUGACGAAAAUGUGGCUUUUUAUUCACUGAAAUCAAACAUAUCAAGGCUAGAAACAGUUUUAUUUGUGACUCUCAUGGCAUAAUCAUCCUCCAGUAUCUUCACUUCGUGGUGUAAACAGAUACUGUACUGUAAUGCCUUAAUAGAACCAUCCACAUGAAAUGAACCUCCUUUAGAAGGACACUUCCAGAAACUCUCAAUAAGAUAAAGCUCAUUAGUUUGAAACAUAAGUACUUAUUGAAUGUUCAUGAACCAGAAGCUGAUCUUAUCUUUAUGAACAGGCAUUAUAUUUAGUCAAAACUACAUUUCUCGACUCAUGGCUCUUGCAGGUAUUUUCAAAACAAGCCAGUUGCAUAUUAUAAAAAUCAGUAUUUGUCGUCGUACAGGUUGAAAUGUUUGGAUUUGGGCUGUGUUAUAUUCUGCCCCACGAUCGAGGGACUAGACAAGUACUACUUCACGCAGUAUUUUCACAUGAACUUGUAACUGCAAACCUAUAGAGAAAUAGCCAUCGCAGUUAAAAGACUUAAAGCACAAACACUGUUAUUACCUUUACGUUUCGUGGUGAUUUGUUUAAGAGUCUGCUAGACAUUUGAUUUUAUUGUUUGUUAAUGAAAUUGUUAUCAGCUUGUUUUACAAAUUAUAAAAAUACUGCACCAUAUGAUCUUGUUUAAAUGUUAAGGUAUGAAAAUGGGUCAGAAGUAUAUUUAUUCUCUUCCUUUAUGAAAACAAUGUAUAAAAAAGUACAUUUGAAACUUGUAAAACUGGAUAUGUGACAUUUAUUUGAAACGAGGCACAGUAUGGCAUAGUUUCUAAUGUUGUCGGGUUCAUUUAGAUGCCAUAGCUGUUGUGGAUUUUCUGUCAGACAAGUACAUUAAAAAGAAAACGUUUGCAAUCAAAUUACCUACUUUUUGCCACAGAGAGGGUGUGAACCAAUAUAACAGUAUUAUAGAACAGAAUCAAUGUGUGUAUAUUUGGAGAAAAUAGGAUACCUUUUGAUCUUUAGAGCCAGUGUGUAGUCAUAGUUUUCACACACUCGCGUGUUUACCGAUGUGCAGAGAGUAUGGUUGUGCUGCAUGUCAAAGUUAACCUGUGUUUUUGAGGUGGCCAUUUUACAAAUAUUCAUACUUUUUAUGAAUGGAAACAGUUUUUUCCGAAACCGUUGGUUCUUAAACCUGGUCGAAAAAUACAAACCUCUUACAGACCAGCCGGCUAUGUUUGUUUGUGAUUUAUUUUAAUCAACCUUUGCUGAUUAACUGAAAAACACUGCUGUUCAGAGUCAUGAUGAUUAUUGUGGCACAUUGGUGACAGUCUGGAGUGUUGCUCGUCUAAGCAAACCAUGCUAGUAUUCAUACAUGUGAAAUGUACUGGAUGUUACAGUAAUUCUUUUUCAAUAAUGGUAUUAACAAUCCCUUUUAUUGAUUCACUAUAAUUUGCAAUAAAAGUCUUCAUGUUACAUUAUAAACCCACAUCUCGGGUUGUCAUUAUCACUGGGACAGGGUUUGAGCCAGAGAGCACCAUUAAGAGAAAGUCCUCCUUAAAAUGUAAACUAUCUCCUCACUAUGUUCUCCUCACACACAGAUAUCUCCUCUUAAAUCAGGGGCAGGGUCACCGCUGUUAUUAGGCAUCUCAUUUUUAGACUUUAUAAGCUGUUUCAACACUUUUCAAGUGGGUUAGGUCAAUCACAACAUGGCUUUUACUAGAGAGGAAAACAUGACUGUAAUACUUAGCAAGAAUUACGUCCUUUUGGUGUUAAAACCAGCUACGUAAUGAAUAUGUGGGUCAAAGGAUCAUCUUUGAGGGGUGGACUACAUGUCAAUAUCCACACUGAUAUGUUGUAGAUGGACAGGAGUGGAGCACUGAGUGACAGCUAAAGCUAGCCGAUAUUAUUUUAAUAAUACUCACAAUCCCUCAGUUCUAUUAUUCACACAUUAGUAUUUGGAUCACCUAAAUCAAGAUCUUUGAACAUUUAGAAUUGACUAGCUGCUUCUUCCAACUAUUUAGAUGGCACAUGAAGUAUCUGCAGCUUUUUUGUCAGAAGACUUUUGUCACUUUUACCAGAAAUUGACCACUACUAGUCCCACCCAGAUAUAAUUCCUUUUUUAAAUAAUGUUAAGAAUAAUUUAAACUAACUUUAGGUGCUACAGUUAUGCAGCUGCAUAUUAUCGCUCGAUAUCAGUAACAGUACAUUGGUCUGGUUUCGGAGACACAGAUGAAUUGUGAAGGUCUUUUAAGUUGACGUCAAGCUAAAUACAGAUUUGCCGAGGGAACAGUUAAACCCUAAUGAAACUAACACUGCUGGGACUGUGCAGUGUGAGCGAGGCAUGAGGGAAUAUAUCAGUCUGUUUGUACAGCGUAGUCUGAAUUACUGAGUCAUCUUAAUUUUGCCGUAUCAUGCAUUUGAUCCCCUCCCCUCUGCCCUCGAACGCUGCUUAAAUCCUCCUGAGCCCAGAUGGCCGGAAGCCACAGCACAUAGGAUUAAACACCGUUAGCAAAGCGCCAUCAUUGACUGGAGUGUGUCGCUCAGUGUGUGUGAUCUGGAGAUGUUUAUGAACGUAAAUCACUGCGCAUCAGCGGCCGAUUAUGCCUCUUUUUUUCCACAACAGCACAAGGCUUCUCAGUAUCCUCUGACCUGAAUGCACUCUUGAUUAAUAAUCCACGGUUGUGUGACCUACCUCUUAAAAAAAGUCCAGUUUAAAAAAGUCCUGUUGAUGUACGAGCUGAAAACAGGCCCCCCCCCCCACCCUCUUGCAGAGAUCACUGCCUCACCACCGUCCCCAGCUGACACCGGGGGGGGGGAAUCCCUUCAUUUUUAAAUUUAAGAUAAGAGGAUUUUAAAUAUUCAUGCCAGUGCGUAUUAUUACGUCCCCCACUCUGAAUUUUUUAAUUGUCCAUUUCAAAAUCUCCUCUCACCCGGUCGCUUCAGAAUCAUAUUGUUCUGUUUGCAUUUUAACAACGUUGGAUUUAUGAUACAACAGCUGAGUCUUAAAGGGGGACAACUAUUGUACUGAAUGUGCCUUUAAAAUAUUGUAUCAGUCAUAACAAACCCUAAUAGAAAGCUCUAAUGCUCCACACUCUUUAAGCUGGUUGCUCAUAUUACAUUGGCUGAGCAUUCAAUGUGUCAACAUAGAAGCAAACUGCAGCACUAAUUAAGUUUAACAGUUAUUCUAACACAUGUAACCCCAAAGUAGCAUAGAAAACAAAUGAAUUAAACACAGUUAAAUGUCAUGAUAAUUCAAAUAAUUAGUAGGACUGAUGCAUAGUUUAAGUUCAGUCAUGUGUAUUUAACAGAAACAGAUCCGCUCAGAUUAUCUUUCUCCUGCUUAUUAUCAGGUCAUUACAGUUUGUUGUCCCUUCUUUAUUACGGGAAGGGCAUGCUUAUUCAUCUUUUGUGUAACUGACAUACUGUACCUGACAUGAUCUAAAAAUAUUCCUGCUGCUGUAAAAAAUAUCACAGCUUGAGUUUAAACAAACCUCAAGAAUGAUUGUGCAGGCGAUGUGCCACCAGUCCCUGUGAGAAACUUGUGAGAAACACAAUGACAAAAUCAGUGUUUUGUUUGUGUCUGCUGCUGCAACAGGGGCGCAUUUACUGUACAGUCUUCAAAUACAGACAUGAAUAAAUACAGACAACGAGUCAUUUUAUAUUGCAACUAAUGCAAAUGGUCAGAGUGUGUUUAAGUCCAUAAUGCUCGAUGUGACCACUCAAUGUUGGGUGUUUGCAGUUUUAUUUUGCAAAUAAAUAUAAGUAAAACUGCAUUAUUGUGCAGUAAAACUAAGGCAUAGCUAAUGGGGAUGACUAUAGUGUUUGGCUCUUCACAAAGGUGUCAGUAUGAGCGCUGAGGAGGUGUUGAAAAGGGAUUCCUCCUGACCCGCGGUUAAUGAAACCCUUCCUGUGCCUUUGUCAGUUUAAACUGGGAGAUUGUGUCACACGACACCCUGGAGCCGCUGCCGCGCUCCUGCAGUCGCCACCGCUCGUCCCUGAGCAGCAGACUGAGAUGUCACAAUCAAAACAACUCUGUUUCUUGAGUGCUCAUAUUCAGUUUGGAAGAUAUGAUUGUUGCACAGCAGGAAAUGCUUUCCUCCCUGACAAGCACAGGCAGAAAGAGUGAAAAUGAUUUAAAUUAUUCCUCUGUUACCUGUCUCUGGGCAAGUUGGAUUUAUUCUGAAAGAAAACAUGUUUCAAUUGGUACAAAAAGAGAGUAAUUUCUGACUGGUGUGACUUCCUUUGAAAUCCCCCUGAUCGUGUGGCAGCUGCCAAUGGGGAGUUGCAUCAAGUAUUUGUCAACCUGUCCCUCAUUAUUUCCACUGAAGUGGAAAAUAAGUUGCCAGCCAAUGAAGCAGAGCCUGAGAUACUGCCUGGGUUUUAAAGCAAGCUAUCUCAGGCAGGUCUCUCCCUCCAUGACGCCGAGGACUGAAUCACACGCAGCCAAGUGUUUUCACGUAAAGCUCCGGGGUAAUUGUCAGUGUUGGUGAAGGAUUGAAUGGGUUUGACAUAGAGAGAAUGUCAUUAUUUGAGUGACAGUAAAUGUAAUCUUGUUUCAUUUGUUUUCAUGCCCCGAAAAGCCGAUUACACAUGGUUUUAUAUACACUGAAUGACACAGCAAAUCAGGUCUUUGUAGCACCAGUUCAUCAAAUGUGUCUCCUGUGCGGUGUUUGUUUAAAUGGAGUGACCUCUGGCAGGGUUCAAGGUAACAAGGUGCAGCAAUUCUUCUGGUUUCUUUCUGUAAAUUGGAUACCAUAUAUGCCAUUUCUUUUUCUUUUUUACAAAAACUGGGAAUAAAUAUCACGCGGUUGACCAGAACAAUCUUUCUACAUGGACUUUUAUUUUCAUUUUUUUUUUAUUUGCUUGUUUAAUUUCAAUGUUCAAAUCACCAUGCUGAUAAACCAUUUGAAGAGAAGUCUGGAAAUGUUUACUUAAAUGUGUCUGAAGGUCCUUUAGCCACCAGGGAUAUAGUUGUACAUUUAUAGGCUCUAGAUCACUGGAAUGAUAUAUAUGGCUUUAAGUGGAAUUGAUAUAUCUAUAUAUAAUAUAUAUAAAUAUAUAUUGAUAUUUGUCCAGAAAUAAAAAAAAAUCAUGUACUUUAAUUACUUUGAAGCUUACAUUGUGUAUAGCACGUAUGCAAGUCCAUUUUCAUCAUGUUUGAUGUAAUUUUGUAGCAGUGGUUUGAUACUAAUAAAUGGCAGUUGAUGAUG